ACAAACAAAAAAAACCAUUUGCAAAUGUUUAACUGGAAAAUUGCUCAUGCACACUGCAUGAGACUGGAGCAUGCAGGUGUAGCUGUUUAAAUUUUUUUUUUUUAAACAAACAAACAAAACAAACAAAAAACAACAAUGACAUCUGGUUAACAUCGACGGCAGCAGCGAUUUAUUGUUAUUUAUUAUUUAUUUAUUUUUUGCACCGGUAUCGUGUUAAAAGCUGCAUCCCGUGUACCGACUCGGAGUCAGGGUAGAGGAGCGAGAAAAGGUGGGUGACAGAGAAAGAGAGAGGGGGAUAGAGAGAGAGACAGACACAGAGAGACACAAUGGCCGCGAUCGCGAGCUCCCUGAUCCGCCAGAAGCGCCAGGCGCGCGAGUCAAACAGCGACCGGGUUUCGGCGUCCAAACGGCGCGCGAGCCCCAGCAAAGACCCGCGCUCCCUGUGCGAGCGCCAUUUCCUCGGCGUCUUCGGUAAAGUGCGCUGCUGCAGCGGCAAGAAAAGACCCGUGCGCCGGCGACCAGAUGCACCCUCGAAACCUCCACAGGUGUCCCGUAAGGGCAUCAGGCUAGAGCCGCAGCUGAAAGGGAUUGUGACCCGGCUGUUCAGCCAGCAGGGCUUCUACCUGCAAAUGCAGCCGGACGGGACCAUCGAUGGCAGCAAGGACGAGAACAGCGACUACACCCUUUUUAACCUCAUCCCGGUCGGACUAAGGGUGGUGGCCAUCCAGGGCGUGAAGGCUGGCUUCUACAUUGGCAUGAAUGGAGAAGGCUUUCUUUACAGCUCGGAGAUGUUCACCCCCGAGUGUAAAUUCAAGGAGUCUGUGUUUGAGAACUACUACGUCAUCUACUCAUCCACCAUGUACCGGCAGCAGGAGUCGGGCCGGGCCUGGUUUUUGGGCCUUACGAAAGACGGCCAAGUCAUGAAGGGCAACCGUGUGAAGAAAACCAAGCCCUCGUCACACUUCCUCCCCAGGCCUAUUGAAGUCUGCAUGUACCGGGAGCCUUCGCUGCACGAGAUCGAAGAGAAGCAUCGCUCCAGGAAAAGCUCAGGAACUCCAGCCAUGAACGGAGGCAAAGCGGUGAACCAGAACUCGACAUAGCAGGACGUGGACGUGCGAAAAAGAAAUCAAUAAAAAUAAAUCACACACACGCAAAAACACACACACAUCGCCUGCUGAAAAGAACAAGCCUUCGGAAAAACACCACGGAACUCGCGCUCGAACGAUACGCCAGCGAAGUCUUGCCCGUGAAACCCGUUAGAAGACAUCGGCGGAGGGGGAGGGGCUCGACGCUACAAACGCAAAGCUGCAAAUCAGGACUCGAACUCACGUUUUUAUGCAAUGACGACGGGGCAGUAAGUCAAUCGUGUCACAAGAAUCGAUACUGUGUAAAGAAAAGCGAGCUUUAAAAGCGCUCUGGUGUGUUAGGAUAAUCGCCGAAUGCUUUUCCACCUCGUCGUGUAUUAUUGGUAUUGAAAACAACAAUAUCUUCUCCUUCUCCAUUUAUUCUCUUGGUUUUGAUCCAGACUGCACACAUUUAAACAUUAUUAUUAUUAUUAUUAUUAUUAUUAUUAUUAUUUAACUUGCUUGUCAAUGAAUGCACUUUUACUGAAGCGAAUCUAUAGCGGUGUCAGUUUAUGACUAUACUACAGUUGUACUUAAGAAUUGGUCUGCGGGUUAUGAGGUAGACUUUGGGGUGUUUUUUUAUUUCGGUCUUCCUGGACGCAAAAGCAGGGUCGCAGCUAGCUUGCGAGACGGCUUCGGCUGCAGUCGUCACGUCUGUUUGUUUGAUUGUCUGUUUGUUCGUUAAUUCCACGAAGAGCUAGCGUCCGUCUUUUCUUUGGCGAAAUCGUUCUGUGCAGAUAUUUUUUGCGCGAGACGCCGCUCCUCGCCCGCUUCAACCUGGGACUAACCCGACGACGUUUUAACGCGACGGACGCCUGUCUGUAAAUAGCCACAAUUUGGAUUUCAUCUCCCAAAUCUUCCUAGAAUUCUCCUAAUCCCAGAUGAGUACUUGUGAGCUGGAGAAAAAUAAUAAUAAAACUUCGCUGAGCCAGCAUACGCCUCAACCGACGGCGAAAUACCUCUUCUCCCAAGCGUUCUCCAACUCAGGAAGCCCUAGUCUAAAAAGGUCUAGCUUUUCUCUUUUUUUUUCUUUCUUUUCUUCUUCUUUUUUGUUUGCCACCCCGCUCGACCCGUCCAGGCCAAAGCACAAAGACUGCCCUGUAGGCUGUAGGUGUGGACGGGGGUGGGGGUGGGGUGGUUCUCGGGGGUCGUCUGGGUGUCGCAAACAAGCUAAGUUCCAGCGAAAAAAAAAAAAAAAAAAAGUUUCUCAGUUUGAGAAAGCGCCGUACACAAUUCACCAGUCUUCCACUAGGGGCAGCAGUGAGAGCUGAACCCGUGAGUCUGCCGCAAGGAGGUGGCGAAAACAUUUUUUUUGCAAAGGACUCAAACGCAUGAAUCAGGAAUGCUGUGUUUCUUCUUAACCUAGAGUAGACAUGGGGGGGAUUGUGUUUGUGUGUGUGUGUGGGUGUGUGUGUGUGUUGGGGGGGUGGGAUUCUGAGAACAUGAAACAUGAGCAAGUAACUAUCUCUAGACAGUUCCUGAACGGUGAGGCAGAGGCCUUAAACAAA